ACCUUGUUAUGAAGCUCUGUCUUACUGUCUUGCCUGGAACUUUUUUACUUAUGUAGAGCAGGCUAGCCUUGAACUUGUGAUCUUCCAGCCUUUUUAUCUCAAGUAGGUGAAGAGGCAUGUACCACAGCACCAGGCUAAAAGGAAGGAUUUUGAGGAUGAUGAGGGUCUUCAAAAUCAGAGAAAGUAGCAUGAAACAAAAGACUUAGUCAGCUGCGUUUCCAAGAGUGGUCUGGGAGUUAGGUAAAAAGUGAUGCCUCUGGGGAACUUGAAUGCCAUACUAAGGAGCCAAGAAAGGGGUUAUUUAGGUCAAAGAUGAGAGGGGUCUGAGGUUGUCUUUGCUGUUUACAGUCGCACUGAAGAAGGGUAACCAGAAUUUAAGUAAUUAUGGUAUUGCUCCUGUAUCCCCAAGCCUAACAAAGCCCAGAGGUCACUUUUUUCUUUCUUUUUACUUUUUUUUAAAAAAAUUGGUCAUGUGUGAAGAAAAGACAGUCAGGAGAGGACUAGUGAAGGAGCAGGGGAGGGGCCUGUCCACAUUUGACGAUCUCAGUGGAAAAGGCUUCAGCAGCCAGCAGAACCAGAGAUGGCUUCCAUGAGUCACGGUUCAGACUUGCAAGCUCAGCCCACAAAGCCUGCUGUGGUCAGCCACCCCAGAAGAGGAAGAUGAGGUGCAAAGAGAAAAGAGUCCGUGGAGGAACCCACAACAGGGAUCAGGAGGCAGCGCCGGCCAAGCUCUUCUCUACUGCAGCUGUCUGAGCUCCUGCCUUUAGAACGAACCCGCUGAGCUGUGAUUCGGUCCUCCAGUCCCUAGAGGGCGCCGCGUCCCCAGCGGCCUUAUGGUCCCUUCCAGCCGCCAGAAGGUGGCGCCCUCGGAUGCCUGGCGACCUCGCAGUACCGUCGUCGAGGCUGUGGCUGGACGAGUUUAGCGGCACCGCUUCCUGGGACCUGGGACCUAGCCUAGUACUUCCUACGCCUAGUGCUCCCGGCUUGCCUGCCCUCAGACUCUUGCUCCACCAUUUUCAAAACAGUUCCUGGAAGAGCUGGUCUCCUUUCACAUCAAGGCCUAACCCCUUACCCACUUGCCCAGAGCAGCCCACUCUUACCAGAGAGUGAUGGAAGGGCCUCUUGAGGGUGCAGAUGUGUCCCCAGAUUCCCAGGACCCUGAUGCAGAUAGGAGGUUUGCUGUGUGCAGUUUCAGGAACACCCACAAGGAGAAGAAACCUGCUCACCAGAUCCAGGCUAUGGACCCCAGACCUUCAACACUAGCAGUAGGGGCAACCCAAGGAGAUUCCUUGUCCAAGAAGCCUGAAUCACUUCCAGAGCAAAGGGCUGCAAAUGGGGCAGGGGACUGCCAGGGGAGCUUAUUAGGAGGCCCCCCAGUCCAGUCAGAGGAGCCACCCUUCUCUGAAGUGGAAAGCCUCUUGUAUCCUAUGUCCUCUCACCUCAGCCUGACACAGAGUGACAACCAAGGGGGAGGCUUGAUAGGGGAUCCAGGUCCAGGCAAAGCACGGCCAGCUGGUGUUAGCCCUUUAUCAGAGAUGUCUUCAAAGCUACUGGAGGCAGACCCUAGUGGUUCCAGCUUCCAGCCUGCUGACUGCCUCCUAGCUCAAGACAUCACCUGGGAGCUACUGGCCAGUGGCAUGGCUUCCCUACCAGGGACACGUGAUGUAGAAGGUCGAGCAGUGCUGCUUCUGUGUGCCCACAGCCCAGCUUGGCUUCAUCCCAAGUGCAAUAGCUAUGAACUUCUGAAUCUUCUGUUCUACCUGCGAGGCAUUCCCAGGUCCGAAGUACAGGCUCUGGGACUGACCAUACUAGUUGAUGCCCGAAUUUGUUCCCCGAGCUCUUCUCUCAUCUGGGGCCUCAGCCAGCUACAAGAAGCAGCCCCAGGAUCUGUGCAGCAACUGCUGCUAGUUGGAAAGAUGCCAGAGGAAAUGCCUACAGGGCUUCAGUUCAAGCAGCUGUCCUCUCAUCAGAGCCUACUGGCCCACAUUCCUGAUGUGGCAUUGCCUACUUCACUGGGAGGAUGCCUGCCUUACAGCCACCAAGCCUGGCUGGAUUUCCGGAUGCGUCUAGAAACUCUACAGCAGAAUUGUCAGGAGACUUGUGCCCUGAUCCAGGGGGUCAUUGACAGUAUGAAGGCUAUGCAGCAACCAAUGGAGUCUGGAGAAGUUGGUCAGCUGCUACAGCAGGUGCAAUCCCUCAUGCAGCAGGUGUUAGAUUCGCCGCAGUUGUCAUGGUUGCAAAGCCAGGGAAGCCUGGAGCUGGCAUGGCUGAAGCAAGGGAUGCCAGAGGUGACCCUGAGCCCUGAUAACAGGUCUGCAGUAGACAAGGCUGAUGAGCUCUAUGGUCAAGUGGAUGGGCUGUUGCAUCAGCUAACUCUGCAGAGCAACCAUCGAGUACAGGCCCUAGAGCUCCUUCAAACGCUGGAAGCCCAGGAGGAUGGGCUGCGCCAGAUUGAAGUGUGGUUACAGGAGGUGGGCUGGCCAGGACUGGAGGAACCAGAGGAGCCCUCACUGGACUUGCUGCUCCAGGCCCAAGGCCCUUUUCAAGAGCUAGACCAGGUUGCCCAGGAACAGAUCAAGCAAGGGGAGAAGUUAUUGCAGCCACUGGUUGGCUGGGAAGCUGCUGAACUGGGCCCCCUUGGAAAGCACUUUCUAACUCUGAGAUCCCAGCUGACAGAAUUUUCCAGAGCUUUGGCCCAGCGCCGUCAACGGUUGGCAGAUGCUGAGAAGCUGUUUCAGUUCUUUAAGCAGGCCACAACAUGGACUGAGGAGGGACAGCGGGUACUGACAGAGCUGGAGCAGGAGCUCCCAGGGGUUGUACUGCAGCGGCUGCAGCUGCAUUGGACCAGACAUCCUGACCUGCCCCCGGCCCACUUCAGGAAAAUGUGGGCUCUUGCCACAGGCCUACGUUCAGAAGGCAUCCGCCAGGAAUGUCGCUGGGCCUGGGCACAGUGCCAGGACACCUGGCUAGCUCUGGAUCAGAAGCUUGAGGCUGCACUGAAACCACCAACAAACAGUACAGCUACCUUGUGUGUCAGACGGGCCCCUGCCACACCCACCAUUCCUCCACUGAGAAAGGCCUACAGCUUUGAUCGGAAUCUGGGGCAGCGUCUUAGUGAUGCUGCCCAUCAUGGCCAUUUUGCAGCAGCUGUUACUGACUCUUACAGACCUGAGACUGGAGGUGUCCGUCCCAGGUCAUCCCCUUCUGUGCCCCUAUCAGGCAGCUCUGACUUCAGGAACCCCAACAGGCUGCAGCUAGUAUUGGCGGAGAUGGUGGCCACAGAGCAUGAGUAUGUCCGGGCCCUUGACUAUACCAUGCAGAACUACUUCCCUGAGCUAGAUCGACCUGAUGUGCCCCAGGGCCUCCGUGGCCAGCGUGCCCACCUCUUUGGCAACCUUGAAAAACUUCGGGAUUUCCACUAUCAUUUCUUCCUGCGUGAGCUAGAGGCUUGCACCCGACACCCACCUCGAGUGGCUUAUGCCUUCCUGCGCCAUAGGGUGCAGUUUGGGAUGUAUGCACUCUACAGCAAGAAUAAACCUCGUUCUGAUGCCCUGAUGAGCAGCUAUGGUCACACCUUCUUCAAGGAGAAGCAGCAAGCACUGGGAGACCACCUGGAUUUGGCUUCCUACCUACUAAAGCCCAUCCAGCGCAUGAGCAAAUACGCCUUACUACUGCAGGAGCUGGCAAGGGCCUGUGGGGGCCCGGCACAAGAGCUGGGUGCCCUUCAGGCAGCCCAGAGCCUUGUGCACUUCCAGCUCAGACAUGGCAAUGACCUGCUAGCCAUGGAUGCCAUCCAGGGCUGUGACGUUAACCUCAAGGAACAGGGGCAGUUGGUAAGACAGGAUGAGUUCACUGUGCGGACUGGGCGCCACAAGUGCUGUCGUCGUGUUUUUCUCUUUGAGGAGCUGUUGCUCUUCAGCAAGCCUCGUCGUGGGCCUGCAGGUGUUGACAUAUUUACCUACAAGCGUUCCUUCAAAAUGGCAGACCUUGGCCUCACUGAAUGCUGUGGGGAGAGCAAACUGCGCUUUGAGAUCUGGUUCCGUCGUCGAAAGGCCAGGGACCUGUUUGUGCUGCAGGCCUCCAAUGUGGCCACCAAACAAGCCUGGACAGCUGAUAUCUCUCGCCUGCUCUGGAGGCAGGCUGUCCACAACAAGGAGGUGCGCAUGGCUGAGAUGGCAUCCAUGGGUGUGGGGAACAAGGCCUUCUGGGACAUUGCCCCCAGCGAACAAGCCAUCAAUGACCGCAGCAUCAACUAUGUCCUAAAGAGACGAGAUGUUCGCUCUAGGGCCUCCAUUGCUGUGGCACCAUUUGACUAUGACAACCCCUAUCUGGGUGCCUUGGGCUCCCUUCCUGGAGACCGUGCUUCUUGUUCUGUUCUGGGGUCUCUCAAUCUGCACCUGUACAGAGAUCCAGCUCUUAUGGGUGUUCACUGGUCCCUGUAUCCACCCAACUUCCCAGAGGAAGCAGCACUGGAAGCUGAGGCAGAGAUGGGCAGCCAGUCUUUAACUCCUGAGGACUCAGAGGUCUCUUCCCAGUGCCCAUCAGCCAGUGGCUCUAGUGGUUCUGACAGCAGCUGUGUGUCAGGGCAGACCCUGGGCAGAGGCCUUGAGGACUUGUCAUGUGUUUGAGUCCGGCUUGAAGAUGAACAAUAGAUACAACACAGCCAGAUCUCCAAGGAAUACCAUACCUCUGAAUCUACUAUAACAGUGCAUGGCUGGCUCCUGGGCUGUCCCCCUUCCCACCCUUCAUACCCAAUAGGAAUAGCCUUGUUGAUUAUCCUCUCUGAUGUCUAUAACCACCAACUGACUGACCUAGGGCCUUUCCAAGGGCAUCUGGCUACAAAGCCUAGAUAAGCACCAAGCUCCUGGGAUACUUCUAUCCACUCCAGCUACCAGCCCAAUUUUAAGUUAAGGAUAGGAUGGGGUAGAAGUUGAGUAUUUCCAAACUCUAGGCUAGUUGAGUAUUAUGGAGCUCUCAGAAGUCAUGAGGGACACAAGUGGGUUCCCAGCAGCUGUUCCUCAACCCUUGAACUUAAUACUGGUUUCUAGUCCCUUAUUCUUGAAUUCCUUGGCUCCUUGUUUCCAGCUUCUUGUUUUUUGGGGGCCAGCUUGGUCAUUUUGACUUGAUGCUUCUUGCACAACUUUCAGUUAGACUUAUCUACUGGUUUCACUGGUCACUUACACUCAAGUCUUAUCAGAGAAGGAGUCUAGGCAUUUGUCUUGUGAUUUACUCUUUUAUUUGUUUAUAAUAAUAAAUAGAGUGAUUCGUAUCA